UGCAUUGAGUACGGGUCUGAGCUGCGUAGACACUAAAGGCAAGUUUGAGCUCCCCACUAAGCAGCGCACUGGACGGACGCAGCUGGCCGUCAUGGCCCGUGGCGGAUCAGGCGGCGGACACUUAGGCGAGCGCGUCCUCACCGGCAGAGUGUGGAGGGGAAGAAGUGGACGCUGCGAUCACCCCGUCUCCGCUUUCUUCGCUCCUCAUGCGCUGCAGACGGUGUUGAGUUAAAGCGGAGGGGUCCGUUGUGAAGCGCCCCGGAGCUGGAAAACAAAAAAGUGCCGAGAGCGGUGCGGACGGACGCGCAGCCAAAACCUGGGGGACCCAUGCAGGCAAAUAUGCCGUUCUGUAGAUUCACCGGGUUCACGCUGCUGAUCGGAACCGAAUCGCAACGGCAGUACAGAACGGACCUAUACCCACGGUCAUACAGCAGGACCCCUUGAAGGACAGAAGCUUAAAGAAAGGGGAAAAGUUGAACGUGGUAGCGGGAUUUGUAAUGGAUAAAGGUUCGCCAAAGGUCUCUGGAUCGAAAUGUCACCCCCCUUGGACUCUGCCCCAGUCGGGGACCAGCAGUGUGUGACGGACAGGCGAGUGGAGCCUGUGGUGGCUGUCUACUGCGUGGCCUCAAAUUGUUCCUGGCUGAGCUCUGCUUGGAGCAACGAGUGAAGAGUCCUGCUAUGGUCUGAUGUCUCAGCAUGGAUGGAGUCAGUCAGAGGACUGGCCACCACUAAUGAGACCAUCGCUCUUCAGCUGAGGACUAGCAUUUACAGGAUUAUUCCCACAGUUUCCUGCUCCUUUCCCAGCUAACAGCAUCAUUACUUAACUCUCCUAGUUGGACUUUUCUUGAGUCUAGUUUUUGCAGGAUAUAUACGUCAUUGCCUUUCUGAUUUUCAUUUUUGUUUUUUUCCAUCCCAGCUCAAUUUAUUGUUGGUUUCCAUUUUCCAAUUUUUCUUUUCCACUAUGGAGUGUCUGGCUGGACCCUGGAAUAAAGAUUGGGUUUCAUUCUUGCAAUUUUGGUUGACUGUCAUCUUAAGCCUCCAAAUGCAAUUCAGCCCGGGUGCCUCUUGCCCGAAAGAGUGUCGUUGUGACAAAUUGUUUGUGUACUGCAAUGAACGCAGCCUGACAUCAGUGCCUCUGGGGAUACAGGAGGGCCACAAGGUCCUCUACCUACAUAACAACCAGAUCAACAGUGCUGGCUUCCCUGUGGAACUUCACAAUCUGGCCUCUGUGGAGACUGUCUUUCUCUACGGCAACCAGUUGGACGAGUUCCCCGUCAAUCUGCCCAAAAACACCAAGGUCUUGCAUCUCCAGGAGAACAAUAUCCAAACGAUUUCCAAGGCAGCCCUGGCCCAGUUGACUCAGUUAGAGGAACUGCAUCUUGAUGAUAACUCCAUCUCCACAGUGGGGGUGGAAGAAGGAGCCUUUAGGGAGGCGGUAAGCCUCAAACUCCUCUUCCUUACUAAGAACCAUUUAAGCAGCGUUCCCAUUGGCCUUCCUGAGGACCUGAAGGAGCUGCGGUUGGAUGAGAACCGGAUUGCUGUAAUUGCAGAGGAGGCCUUCCAGAAUGUGACACGCCUGCAGCGCCUCCUGCUGGACGGGAACCUGCUGACGGAUGAGGGCAUUGCGCCAGGGACCUUUCAGGACCUAGCCAACCUCCGCGAGCUGGCCCUGGCCCGCAAUUCACUCACCUUCCCCCCUCCCCUCCUACCCAGUGAGUCAUUGGUCAAACUCAACUUGCAAGAGAACCAGAUUGACCAGAUCCCUGUGGCAGCCUUCGCUGGCCUUAACAGGCUGGAAAAACUGGAUAUCUCCAGCAACCAGCUUCAGACUCUAACACAGGGUGUGUUUGAUGCCCUGUCAAGCUUAAGGCAUCUCAUUGUGCGUAAUAACCCCUGGCGCUGUGACUGUGCAGUGAAAUGGGUGGUGGUGUGGCUCAAGUCUUUGCCUUCCUCCAUCAAUGCCCGAGGGUUUGUGUGCCUAAGUCCAGACAAGGUGCGUGGCAUGGCAAUCAGAGAGCUCACGCUGGAUAUUAUUGAGUGCCCGGUUGAUGCCGAUCAGCUACCCUGGCCCACCCUCCGCUCUACACCCCCUACCCCACCCACCACCACCCGUAUCAUCACCAUGAUCUCCACCAACAUCACCACAUUCAUCCCUUCCUAUUUCGACUCACCCUCCCCUCCCUUACCCCCAAUCCAUAAUAACCCUCCUGGGCCCCUGCCUCCGUAUGAGGACCCCCUUCAGAUCUCCUUCAAUGUGGUCAACUCUACCAAUAUCGAGGUGAGCUGGGAUUCCUAUUUCACCGUCACAGCCUACAAGGUAACUUGGGUCAAAAGGGGACAAACCCAAAUAAAUGAGGGAAUGCGGGAGCGGACGGUGACUGGGGGCCAGCGUCAUAUCAGCCUCACCAACCUGGAGCCCCGGUCUGUGUAUCGGAUCUGCGUGCACGUGCUGGACACCCUUAACUCCUACAGGCCUGGAGAGGAUACUAUAUGCUCAGAGGCCCGGACCAAGCCUGCCUUGUCUACUAAGCCUCCUGGCAAUGACCAAGCUCCUCAGGAAAGCAUCAACUCUGCACUGUUAAUGGCUGGGAUCAUAGGCGGGGCAGUUCUUAUCAUCCUGGUAACACUGCUCAGCCUGUUCUGCUGGCAUAUGCACAGGAAGAGCCGGUCAUCUUCGACCAAGUGGAAAUACAACCGAGGCAGGAGAAAAGACGACUACUGUGAGGCUGGAACCAAGAAGGAUAACUCCAUUCUGGAGAUGACUGAGACCAGUUUCCAGAUAGUGGCGCUGAACAAUGAGCAGCUUCUCAAGGGAGAUUUUCGCAUUCAGCCCAUCUACACACCCAAUGGGGGCAUUGGAUUUAGAGACUGUCACCUCAGUAACAACAGUAUAGCCUACUGCAAGAGCAGCAACGUGCCCAGUACAGAGUUCUGUCACACGUGAUGCAGCAACAAACAGUACAGUGGCAUUCACACAUACAUUCACACAAACCAGACACACUUAACAAUACUUGCAUAAAUACACACACAUACACCGUUUGUGUAGACAAUAAAAAAUAUAAAAAUUCUAGUGAAAUAUAACUAUACUAUAUAUAUUUCCAAGUUCUGUCUACAAUGUAAUUUAUACUGUGGAUAAUAAUGUGGGAUUCUCUGCUAUCUUUUUUAUUGUUAGAAAAAGAGAUAAAAGUGUUUCUUUUUUUAUAAUCAGCAGGGUUUUGAAAGUUGUUUUCAUGGUUAGUACUGUACAUGAACAUGGAUUUGUACAAUCACAGCGCCAUGGGUGUAGCUUCUGAUGAAUGCUGUUAGCCUUGGAAACAUUGGGGCGCUUAGAGGGCUGAGAUCCUUUGCUAACCACAGAAGCAAAAUAUGGCCUUUUAGCGCUUAAACACACUGCAAACACUCCCCAGUACAACAGAACAGCGGUAACGACAACACAGCACAGGGGAAAUCCAAACACUGCUGAUUAGAGCAAUGUGGAAAUAAAGCACUGGUUUCAUUGGUGGCAUGUUGUAAAAAAGAACUGAGGUGCACUUUCUUAUUAAUGGAAGCCAGGCAGGAAAUGAGCAGAGGUGGUGAUCACAUGUAAGGAAUUGUGGCUCAUUGUGUAGGGAGAAUGUCAUUUCUUGCUGUUGGAAAGCCUGGAUUGAGAUUUCCCAAAAGCGCCUUAACACUAAAAGUAUCUUUGUUCUGUUGGUUUACAGUAGAUCAAAGGUGGACUUAGUCAACAGACGCUUUUGGAAAACUCUGGAAAAGAAUGUGUCAUUUUGUUUUUCCAGUAAGGAGGUGCAGUUAUAAACAUGAGUUUAAAAGGCAACAAAGGAUUAUUGACCCUCAAGAGGCACAUGGAUGUGCUGAGAAAAGCAGAUCCUUUUCAAAGAAAUUCCCUAAUUUGUUCUGCUUCUUUUUUGCCUGAUUUCCCUGUUUUGGCAAGUGAGACCACAAGGGGGCAGUUUCCCUCAGCGUCAUAUGUUGGACAGUGGAACAGAGGGCAAGACAGAGAGAUCACUUUACCUCCACCAUUCCCCUGAAGUCAAUUACCCAGACGACAUUACUCAUGCCCAAACAGCAUUGUUUAGAGUAUUAUUGCUCAUUGAGCUACCUGAUGAUGUGGAAUAAUUUAAAACUAAUGGUGUUUUCUGUGUUUGUGUCUAAAUUAUAUGGAUUUUUACCAUUGUGAUCCAUCAUGGUGGGAGGUCCCUGUUCCUCCAUGUGUGUGUGUGGAGAGCAUGAUGAAUUUUGAGAAGACACACACAUAAUGUCAAUUAUAAACCCACUUAUUUCACCCCCUGUCCCAGUGUUCAUUAGGCUUUUUGAUUAAUUAAGAAGUUACAGCAAUAAGACGCUCCGCCCGUGAUCCUCACAGUGCACACUUGUGACUGAGCAGUUUGUCUCGUAUCUCAUCAUUUAUCCUUUUGUCUACACUUAUGAGACUGUCUACUUCAUUUAUGGUUUGCACACCUGAACAAUGCACCUGCUCAAUUCACAAACUUAGUUUCUGCAAUGAUGAUAGCUACCCUAUUCCCUUCUCAUUCUAUGUCUUUCUAUCCUUGUCCGUCUCCCUGUCUCGCUGUCUCCCUGUCUGUCUUUACAUCUCUUAUCCCUGCAUGGGCUCAGUUAAAACAGUUUUCCUGCCCUUCAGCUCAUGAGCUGUGGCGGCAGCUCGUUGCAUGUGAGAAGCCAGUGAGAGGUCUUCAUUAUGCAGUUCUUAAGAAGACUUUAUUUGAUUUGACAAGAUUUUAUUUUGCGGGGGCCAAGCUCAAAGAAUUCCCACCGCUGACCCUUCCACGCCCCCUCUUUCUUUUCCCCCUCUCCUCAUAAUCCUCAACCAAAAAAGGGAGAAAAAUAUGUAGACCUUAUUUUCACUUGGCUGCAUGGAGCUCACGCUGGGAGAGAGUGUGUUAACUCUUUGUGCGGCACGCAGAUUCGGCUGCUUGAACAUACACAGCAGAGAAUCAACACAAACUAGACCAAACUGUUUAGUACACCAACAGUAAAAUUAUUUUUAAGGGCUUGUUCUUGAGGUUUCCAGAGUGUCAAGAUUAUUUCUGAGAAGAUUUGACUCAGAAGUCGGAGUAUCUCAAAAGUAACUGCAUUUACUUUAAUUCCAACUCAGAUUAUGAUCAUAUGGACUUUAAUUUUGGGUGAUGCACAGACAUACACAGCCCCUAUGUAUAAAUUCUGAUUAAAUGAGCCAAUAAUCUGAACAUUAACAAAAACAGUAAAUUAUUGAAAUAAUCUGUUUUAACAUUUUCAUAUUAUGUAUUAAAGUCUUGUUAGUAAUAAUACGAAUGACUUAUUUUUUACCCAUUUGUUUGAAUGUCAAUUCUGUAACAAUUUUUUCAAGGCAAAUGGCAAUAUCUUGAAAAAACAAACAUCUAAAGCAAUAGUUUGACAUUUUCAGAAAUACUUAUUUUUAUUGAUGGGACUUAGAUGAGAAAAAUGAAUUUAGAACUGAUAGCACUCUCAUGUCUGUAUGCUAAAUGUGAAACUAACACUACCAACCAUAGCAUAAAGACUAGAAAUAGAAGGAAACAGCUAGCCUUGCUCUUUCCAAAGGUAAGAAAAUGUGCUAUAAAACCAUGUGUCAGUUUUACACUUGUGUUUUGCACAUGUUGGUAGAUGGAUUGUUUAACUUUUGGACAGAGCCCGGGUAGCUAAACUAGCUGUCUCCUGGCUUACAGCUCCUCAUAUUUACCAUACAGACAUGAAAGUGGUAUCAAUUUUCUCAUAACUCUUGGCAAAAAGUGAAUAAGCGUUUUUUACAAAAUGUCAAACUGUUUCUUUAAGUGAAAAAAAAUCAUCAAUUGAUUUGCAUUGAAACAAAAUUAAUAACUGUAAAGAUUUCAUUCCCCUGCCAAAUGACAUACAUUGUUUUGAGUAAAGUCUUGUUUUGAGUAAAAUAAGGUUUUAAGACUAAAAUACUUUAAUACAUGACUUGUUCAGAUGGAUUUUUUUAAUGAGAAAAAAGAUAGAUCUUCUGUGGUUAUUAAAGCAUCUCCACUUUUUAUUUUACUCUUUCUCUACUGACAUCCACAUAUCAGUAGCCUACACCCAAUACACAGAUGCACCAGGUUGCCCUGACCUGUGCUUUUAUCUAUCCUGCUUAACAAUCAUGAAACUAACUGACCGAGCAAGUGACUACCGACAGUUCAUCAUGUGUAGUUUGCUACAUGCUGCACCAGCUGUCCAUAAUCCCAUGCAGAAACACUUGAACAUUUUACAUCAGAUAUUGUUUAAAAUGUUUUGUUUUUUGUUUUUUGUGGGGUUUUUUUCUGUCAUAGAUGAAAGCCCUAUCUUCAGUCACAGGCUGACAAGUCAGGUCAAACUAUUGCAACAUAUAGUAUCUCCCCUGUCUGUGAAUGUGUAACGGAGACAGAUAUUUGCCUUACCUAUUAUGCAGAACUGAAUGAUUAGCUAGAGAGAGUUUUAAGUGGGAGGAGGAAAAGGAGCGGAAGAUGAGACACAAAUAGACAGGAGAACAGAAAGCACAUUUCUCCAACAGAUUGCAGCCAGGGCAGCAACAAUAACAGUAUUAACAGGGAGAACAACACUAAGCAUGACACACACAGUAGCUAAUGAGAGACUGUUCAUCCAUAGUGCCAGACCUUAAGCAGUGCAUGGAUAAUGAUUCAACCAAGUAUGGGAAGGAGCUUUGGUGGUUGCUUUGCAGCGUACAUUACUCUUAAUUUUCUACUUGCUUGAUGAAAGAACGCAGCUGCAGUGCCGUGACCAGUGGAAUUACACAAAAUGUAUUACAAACUGCUAAUGUUAGUUUAUUACACUUUCAGGGUGCCGAGAAGUAAUUUCCUUUAAAGCUCACUGAUUCCCAUUGUAAUAAUUAUGUUUAAUCACUUAGAGGUCAAUUCAGACAAAACAGAUGAGAGGUUGAAACUAAAUACAUUUAAAGUCAUCUUUACUUCCUGUAGGCAAAACUUUCACUGCAAAUAGCAAAUUAGCCAGUGUCAUUCUUUCAAGGAUUUUUGCAUGUACUGUAUUUAGCUUUGUAGCCUUUCAUGUUAGUCAUACCACAUUUUGGACUUUAAUGUAUUUAUUCAAGCAGUCACCCAGUGGAAGUUGAGCUACAGUAUGAGCAACCAUACAGAAAGGUUCUCAUAUGGUUUAGAGAAAGUAGGCUGGAAAUUUACAGUGCAUGUAAAACAGCUAUGUUGGGAUACUUUGCCAUCCUGGCUUCUCAUCGAGAUAUUCGCAGUGUUAGCCAUCCACACUAAGACGUUUUCUUAGGAACCAAAGUUAAAUUUCUGUUCUCAUGAUGAAAUAUUGAUGUUGUUCCAUGUAUGUGCCUUGAGGUUGAACUUACAAUGUGAAGUCCUUCAAACCUUUAAAUGUUUUUGCACAAACUGUAAAUACUUAAGUGAAGCUUUUUGAAAAUAAAAGAGCCAUU